AUGGCUCGAGGCGGCGGGCGGCGAGGCGAAGCUUCAGCCGAGCCGGAAGCUCUCCACGAGCUCGGCGUCCGAGGCCGGAAUCAAUCCGAUCGAUCGUCGUCUCCCACGCGCAAUCCCACCGCCGAAAAGGCAGCAGUCAGCCGGAAGCUGGACUUUGCCGGCAAGGCUGGGGGCAAGGCGACGCCCAAGACGAACGGCAAGCACAAGGCGACCACGGUAAACGGCCUCUCGCGGCACAGAGACGAGCCCGAGUCGGGAUCGGAGGAGCUCGACGAUGUCAUGGGCGCAGGCGAGAACGGCGACGAGUCCAUGAUGAUGGUUGAUUCGGCGAGGUCAGACGCCCGGGGCGGCCGCGCCCAAGACGACGAUGACGUGCCAUUGUCAGGGCAGAAGAAGCGUGGAAGGCCGAACAAGGCAGCCCCUCAAGCAAAGUCAAAGGCAGCUCAGCGUGCUCAGGCACAAGAACCCUCAGUAGAGCUAGGCGCCAGUAGAGGAAAGCCGAUUGGCGUUACCGUUGGACGACGCUCGCCGAGGGACCAGGACGACUCGGAAGAGGCAAAUGCGAGACUCGACGCGAUGCUAGAACGCAGCCUAGCCGGGAGGCAACCCAAGCGAAAGCGUGUCGAAGAAAUACCAGCUUCACCGGAGCGACCCACGAAGCCAGCACCACCGUCAAAACACUCCCGGAUUCUCUCUUCCUCGGAAGUCCAAGAGGAGUCGAGAGAAGAGGAGGAGGAGGAGGAAGAGGAAGAAGAAGAGGAGGAGGAAGAGGAGGUAGCCCCACGAAAGAAGCAGCGCACUACUGCGCCGGCAGUUUCCAAGGCCCAGCCACCGAAACCGAAACCUUCAAGCAAAGGGAAAGCCCCUGCUGGCGCUCGCGGGGAUAGAGUCGCGCCCGUCGCAGCAACGAGCAAGGCUAAGGCCAAGGCAAAACCGAAAGCCGAAGCUCAGCCCAAGACCAACAAUACCAAAGGCCGAUCAGCGCGAAAGCCCAAGAACGCCCGCUCUGGAGGAGGAGAUGGCGAGGACGAAGAAGUUGGGGAUACGUCGUUUGCGGCGCUGCAGCGUGGCCCUCCCAUGCCAAAGUCUCGCGGCCUAGUAUCCAUGCGCAAGAACAUCGACGACACCAUAACGCAGACGAGGUCAGGACGACACUCCUACAGGCCUGUCGCAUACUGGAGGGGCGAACAGGUGGUCCGCGAGGUCGAGGAGCAAGCCGACAUGUUUGCCAAGGAUAGGUUCCUCAUGCCAAGCAUCAAGGAAGUCGUCCGCGUGCCCGAGGAGGAGGCGCCCGUCCGAUCCGCCGCAUCGCGCGGCAAAGCGCGGCCCAAGGCGAAGAAGCAAGCGGUGGUAGAGGAGGAAGAGUACGAGGAGUGGGAGCUCAACCCGGGCACCGUCGAGGGCGAGAUUGUGAUCUGGGAGACGGAGCACGAGGAGCACCCGCCGGCCGACGACGAGCCCGUCCAGGUGACGGACGAGCGCAUCGCCAUCUCGGCCAAGGCGGUGCAGACGUCGGAGAUUCGCGACGCGACGUUCCGGUUCGCCAAGACGCUGACGAUGCCCUUCAUGGGCGCCGGCGUCGUCGACCUGCCGCCGGGCGGCGAGAAGCGGCCCAAGAAUUCGCGCAAGAUGCACAUGGUGUUCUUCGUGCACACGGGCAAGGUCAUGGUGACGAUCAACGAGGCCCAGUUUCGCAUAUCAGCGGGCGGCAUGUGGUUUGUGCCGAGAGGCAAUUACUACAGCAUCACGAAUGACUACGACAACCCCAGCCGAGUCUUCUUCUGUCAAGCAUGCGAGAUUUCGCCCGCGCAGUACGAAGCCUCGCAGAUGAGCGUGGGAGCAUGA